AUGUCAAGGAAAGCCCCUCCCUGCCCCCCCCUAAUCGGGAACCCUGUCGCAGACACAAGACUCUUACACAAACCCAAAGAUACUCCUUUGUCGAAGCAAUCUACUACAACAUCGUUGUCAGAUCCUGAAAUCGUGAACAGUGAUGAUACCAACAAUCAUUCAUCAACUAUUAUGGACUACAAUGUGCAAUUUAAGUCAAAAAACAAUUCAACAACAACAGUCGAUGAUGAAUCACAAGGUAGAGACGAUAAUUACAGUUCAAAUGAUGAAUUAUCUUACAUUGAAGAUCAGCCAGAGUUUAUAUCGCACGGAGAUGAUCACGAAGAACUGCCAUCAGAACAACUGUCUGCCUUUGGUUCAAACCAAACUGUUGAUGACGCCGGUGAAACAAUUGCUGAAUCUCCACGUGUGCACGAUUAUACAAAUAUCCGUACCAUCGAUGCAACGGAGACAUUAUUAAGGUGGUUACGUAAUUCAAAAGUUUGUAAGUCACGUGGUAAUGAAAUUUUAAAACUGAUUAAAAGUUGGCUGCCUGUACCAGUUAAUUUACCAUCAAAACCAGAAGAUUUAUUAUCGUCAUCUGGUGUUUUAAACAAUUUUAAUAAACGGACAGUUUGCGUUUUAUGCGAAACAAUUCUUCCUAACUCAGCAAUAAAAUGUCAUAAUUGUCCAAAUUCUGAAAGUAAA